CAAGGCAAGAGAAAAAAAAAAAAAAAAACCAAAAAAUGAAGUUCAUUAACACUUUCUUGCUCCUCUUCAUCACCCUCUACAUCUCGUACUCGCCACAACAAGCCGUCGCCCACGGCCACCAAAGCCACGCCAACAACCUCGAAAAGGCGUGCCAGCACGCGGGCCAUAAGGACUCGUGCAUUUCCAUGCUCCAAUCCGACCCCAACUCCCACAGCUCUGACGUCAAGGGCCUGACCUUGAUAGCCCUAAGGCUCGCCUCCUCUAACGCCUCUGACAUCUCCGAGCACAUCAAGGUCUUGUUGAACGACUCGAGCCUCGACCCCGCGGUGCAGGACGGCUUGUCGGAGUGCCUGGAGUACUACUUGGACGCGGCGGAGCAGCUCGAUGACUCGGUUGCCGCGUUGUUGGCUAAUGCGUACAAGGACGUUGAGGCUUGGGUGAAUGUCGCCAUCAUCGACGCUGCCUCGUGUGAUUCCGCGCUUGAUGGGCAUGAGUUCGUUUUGGGGGGUAAGACUGACGCAUUUCGUGGCCUUUGUGACAAUGCCUUGGCCAUCAUUAAGGUCUUGGCUAAUAAUGAAAAGUGAUGGCUAAUUUCUACAUGGCAAUGACACAUAUUUUCUUGUGUACGUUGUCGUUUUGAUAACUUUUGAUUUAUGUC